AAGGAGUAACCAGCCAAGCCCAAGGAUAUCGUUGACUUGCAAAGGAUCUGCAGCUGCAGACACAUAACGCCAUGCGCCAUGUCAAAACUUCGGCAUUACAGGUCCAUGGAUCAGCCCAGCAGCAGCGGCUGCGUGGCCAUCCGCAAGAAGACUAUGACAGCGGUGUGCUUUGUGUGCAACCUGCCCAUCAUGUCCCACCAGGUGGGGCUGGUGUGGUCAGGUGGCAACGGCUGGGACGACCUCGUCCGCGAACAGCUGGAGGAGUCAACGAUCCGGCAACGUUUAGGCGGACGUCGCGACUCCGCCGCCCAGAUCACUACCCCGCCGAGCACUUCGCCACCGCCAGGUCUGCAGCGGCGGAGGCGCAGCUCCUUGGCCCAGCUUACUGACAUUCUGCGCGAGUGGAGCGGCGGCACCAAGCAGCAGACCCAACAGCAGCAGCAGCAGCAGGCCCAGCAGCAGGCGCGCAACAACAAGGCACAGUUGAAUCGGCGCGAAACUCUGGCCGAUCUCGCCCGCAGCCUGCCCUGGCGGACAUCGACGACAGAUGCGAGCACUGGUGCUGGUGGUGCUGGGGCUGGUUGCAGCUCGAGUGGCGGCAAUAUCACGUACAUUGCCCCACGCAAGCGUCGCGAGUCGAGCGCCGAUUCCGGCAUACGCAGCAUCAGGUCCCGGCGCGAUUCGAACACGGCCGAGUUCGUCAAGCACUGGAACAGGCGCGAGAGCGCCGCAGUUGAGGAACAGCCGCCGAGCCACAUAUCCGUGAAUGUGGUUGUCGUCGAAACUACUACUAAGAGCGCUUCGCGCCGCGGAUCCGGGGAGAGCUACCUGUCGAGCAGCCGGCGGGACAGCAAUGUCGCCGGCCGCGUGACAACGCCGCCACCGCCACCCAAGUACCAGGUGACCAAGAAGCGGGACUCGCUCGCCGCCCCGGAAUUCCCCAACUUCCGGCAGGAGCAGCGCCCCUCCACCAGCUCCGCCGGCUCCUGUCACUCCGACUCCGUCUCCGUGCCACUAAUCCAGUACCAUCAGCAGGUCGACUCCGCGUGCCAGGCCCUGCCGCCGCCCACCAUCAUCACCAGCUCGGUGACGCCGCCGGCCACCAGCCCGACGGCACCCAAGAGUCGCCGCGACUCCACCACGCAGUGCGGCCGCGUCAAUCGGCGCGACUCGAAGGCGGGCCACAGCCCGGAGCGCGCGCCGCGCAUGAACCGCCUGCAGCGGCAGGCCACGGCCUUCGACGAGAGCGUCCUGCCCGGCGGCAGUCGACGCGGCUCCCAGCCGGCCCUCAGCCCGGAUCCGCCCGAGGACUGCGAGCGACGAGCCUCGCGCCGCGACUCGCUCUCCCCGGACAGCGCCUCGCGCGGCGGUCGUCGCGACUCGCGCACCCAUCUCUCGCCCGACCGCACACACGAGCGAGACGGCAGCCCGCGACGGCACACGCUGCGCCGCCAGAGCAGCUCGGCGGCCCGCCACUCGCCCGAGUCCAACAGCUGCGGCUCGUCGCGGGACCCCAGUCCCUGCUCGCGUCCACCGCCGCUGCCGACGGUGGAGCAGAACCAGCGACCCGCCAUCCGGCGCCAGUCCACCACGGAGGAGAUUCUCAUUGCUCGCGGCUUUCGGCGUCAGUCCACCACGGAGGAGAUGAUCCGCUGCCGCAACUUUCGGCGCCAGAGCUCCCAGAGCGACGAUGUCUGUCGCUAUCGCGGACGUCGCGAUUCAUCGGCACAAAUCAUUGACGGCACCAUCGGCACCAUGACCGUGGAGACCACCAGCACUUUUUUUGACUCCAGCACACAGACGGAGCCAUCGCCGCUGUACGACAACAACCACUACCAUGAGGAGUGUCUGCGGUGCAACUCGUGCGGCUUGAAUCUCACAGGACCCAACCAGAAGCGCGCCAGGAGGUUCAAGAACCAGAUCCUGUGCGACCUGCAUUUCGCAGACGUGGCCCUAAUGGAGUGCUCCGAUUUUAUGCAGCAGCUGCGUAGCUUCAAGCCCCAAUCGCUCGGCUGUGCGGUGGCGCGACGCAAGAGCUCCACGACGUUGAUAUUCCCAUUGCCUCCGCAGGCAUGUUCAGAUGAGUUCUGCGAGGAAUAUCCGCACAAUUUGAUGCCCACGCCCGGCUAUUGGAUCGAGUGUUCGCGCCAGAAGAUCUCAAUGCCCACGCCACACACCAUUUGGGAUGAGAGCGACUCCGAGCAUGAGGACAUUAGGGCGGGCAGUGCCAGCGAUGCGUACUUGGAGCGUGAAUGCAGCGAUCUCUACGAGGACGAUGAGGACUCGGAGGCCACACCAAGUCCACGCAAAAAGACAACCAUUGAGGAGCAAUGGGAUCAGCAGGGCGCCUUCGAGCUCAUUUCCGUGGAGCAAGAGACGUACGAAAAGUAUUUCUAUGGCACUGAGCACUGGAAUUACUUCACCAGCGACGAGGAUCUUGGCCCCGUCAUACUGUCCAUCAAGCAGGAGACGCUCAACGGACGCGAUCAGUUUCGCAUUCUGGUGCGUGCCGGCUCCUACACGGUACACGGAUUAAUACCAGCCUCCUGCGUCUUUGCCGAUCGAUAUAAUCGCGAGGAGGUUGUUCGUUCCUUGGGCAAAGAAGUGAAUUUAAAUCCGCCACUAACAUUGGGACAACUACCAGACACACCGGAGGAGUUAUUGAAGUUGGAUCAGGUUUUCAUCAAAUCCGAGCUGAAAGUUGGCGUCAUAUUCGUCAAGGAGGAUCAAUAUACCGAAGAGCAAAUACUGGACAAUAAUGAAAAUUCACCGCUCUUCGAUGAGUUCCUCACACUGCUCGGCGAUCGAGUGCGCUUGCGCGGCUUUGACAAGUACAAAGGUGGCCUCGACACGGUCCAUGAUCUCACUGGGCUCUUCUCUGUUUAUACAAACUGGCGCAACAUUGAGAUCAUGUUUCACGUUUCCACGCUGCUACCGUACGAGAAACACGAUCCACAAAAGUUACAGCGUAAGCGACACAUUGGCAACGAUAUUGUCUGCGUGGUGUUCCUCGAGGCGGACAACACACGCUUCAGUCCGGCCUGCAUCAAGAGUCACUUUCUGCACACAUUCAUACUGGUACGCGUUUCGGCACGCAUCAAGCACAAGCCGACGCGCUAUGAGGUCUCCGUGGUGACGCGCGACGAGGUGGGCGCCUACAAGCCGUAUCUCUGGGAGCAGUCCGUCUUCGAGAAGGGGCCCAUGUUCCGGGAGUGGCUGCUCACGAAGAUUGUGAAUGGUGAGCGGGCCUCGUACUCGGCACCAAAGUUUGCUCGGAUGCAGGAGCGUACACGGUCGCAGAUGCUCGAGGAUCUGGUGAUGAAUUUAUCGAAUCAUGCGGAAACUGGUCAGAUACCAAAGCCGUAUCGUCGCGGCUCCUGGCGACCGAUUGGUGAGGAUGAGUAUUUCAAAAUGUUGCAUGCUCGCGUCUUAGACAACAAUACACAUAAUGAACAACAACAACAACAACAACUGCAACAAACCUACAACAAUUGUUGCUAUUGCAAGGCCGAGGAAACGGGCGCCUCAAAGGGCUGGGGGCAGACAAUGGCACACAGACAACACACAACAACAACAACAACAAACAGCAGCAAUGCAGAGACACAACAACAACAACAACAACACCAACAGCUACACCAACAACUGCAACAACAACAACAACUAUACCAACAACAGCAACUGCAACACUCAACGUCGUCACUCACACACACAUCGUGUUGCGCCAUGCUGCACCUCUGUGUGAGGCAUAGUCACAUGCGACCAUCGUCACCGCUGCUGGACUCGGUGCGGGAUCAGUUCGAGGACUACGAUCAACUGGCCAAGGACUUCACGCGAGUGUUCCUGAACGAGGAGCCAUCGUGCCUGAGCAACUCGCAUCUGUUCGAUGUCGUCUUCCUGGUGGGUCAAUCCAAGCAGAAGGCCCGCUUCAUUGGCGUCCGGGCCAUACUGGGCGUGCGCAGUCGCGUCUUUCAGGAGAUGCUCUACGGCAUCCAGACGGGCUUCGGCUCACCGCAGAUACCCGUCGCCGAGAUCUUCGCCCGCCCAGCCCCGUCGCUGGUCUCGCCACAGAACCAAAAGCCGAAGAGCAACAAUUAUCUGACGGUGCCGGACUCGGACUCGAUACGACCGAAGAGUGUGCCAUCGUCGCCGAUGGUGAAGCGUGCCUUCUCCCGCCUGGGCACCAUUACGGCUGGCUGGGGUCGUUCCAUACGCAACAAGAACUCGAAUCAGCUGAAUCCCGAUGACAAAAAGAAGUGGAUAUCGUCGACAGAUUGUUCGAAUAGGGACAGCAAGGACAAGGACAAGGAUAAGCCGGGCAACAAUCAGCUGGCUGUGCCCCGGCUCUCCGUGUGCGCCGAUGCCCAAAAGGUGGACCGGGCCAAGCUCGCACAGACGGAGUUUAACAUCAUCGAAUUCGAUCCGGAUACGUUCCGUGUGCUGCUCGACUAUCUGCACACGGGCACGUGUCCGCUGACGUGUGUGUCCAUACCGGGACUGCUGUGUGCCGCGGAGCACUACGAUCUGCCGGAGCUGCUGCAGGCGUGCUUUCACCACUGCAAGCAAUUCCUGCGCAUCGAGGUUGUCUGCCCGAUGCUCAUCUCGCUGGAGAACUACUACUGGCGGUACACAUCCGCCUCGGAGCUGGUCAACAUGAUUCUGUCGUUUGUGGAGAGCAAGGCGCAUGCGCUGUUCAAGUGCCCGGAGUUCUUGCAUCUGUCCGAGUCGAUGGUGCAGAUGAUAAUGUGCAGGGAGCUGCAGACGCCCGAGAUACGCAAGUUCGAGGCGAUGCUGGCGUGGGCCCAGCACAAGGUGGCCAAGCUGAAGAACCAUCCCAACAAAGACACACAGUUCGAGUUCGAGUGCAUCAUGGAGCGGCUGACGCGCGAUCUCAAUCUGUGCCGCAUCUCGCCCAGCGAGCUGCUCACCGUCGUUCUGCCCUCCAAGUCUAUGAAGAACGAGCGCAUCAUGGAGACGCUGAUGGUGCAGGUGAAUCUGGGCACGUACCGCAUGCCCGAGCUGGACGCCUACCGCCAGCAGCUGCGGCAGCAGGAGUCCGCCGAGGCCACCGUGCAAGUCCACCGGGUCUACCCGCCCAACGAUGUGCGCGCCUAUGCCAUGGCCUCCCUGGCCGCCGCCCUCGAUAUGCAGCAGCAGCAGUCGCAGCAGCGCGACGCCACCGACGAGGAGGUGGAGCUCUAUGCCAGCUUCAACAUGGGCCCGAGCACCAGCCGAGUGGCGGCCCAAAUGCAGGCGGCCAAGGAGGCACGCCGCAAGCGGUGGGCGGCCGAUGGGGCCAGCGGGAGCAGCGGCGAUGGUGCCUGUCCCAGUGGCAGCAGUUCAAGUGGUCGGCGCUAUUAACCAAAAUAAUCUCUAUCGAAGCGUGUGCUCGUGUGUAUGUGUGUGUAUCUAUAAGUGUGCAAGUGUUUGCAUGUGUGUUUGUGUCUAAACCCACCGCUAAGCAGCGCCUGAGCCCAUCCAAAUCGAAACU